AUGUCUCAAGAAUAUCAACAACAUUCUUUUCCACCAACUUUUCAAAGUGAACGUUCGUGGAGUAUGCUCGCCAAUGACUUUGAUGAUGAUAAAUUACAGCAUUAUUAUCCUUCUCAAGCUUCCGAUAGGUCAUGGAGCGUGCUUGGUUCGCAGGAUAUUAGCGAUCGACACCAUGGUUUAAGUACCUACGGUUACGUUGCUGAUGAUAUUAAUUCAGCGAAAACAUCAAACAUUCAAGACUAUAUUAAUAAUGAGCAGCAACAACAACAACAUUCGGUUGAAAAGACUCAACCAGUUCCUGCAUCAUUUCCUGAACCGGAAUUCGUUCCCUCGAUUACUUCAUCAACUAAAGAUUUUUUGUAUGAAACAUUUAAAUACGAAAGAAAAAAUGAUAAUGAGAUUACUGGUCGCCCUAGUGAAUACAUCGAUAACGACGAUUGUCCUCCACCGCCAUCGAAUUUGGAUCAAUCUAUUCUUAAUAGUCAGAUUACUAUUACCCAAUCCCAAACCGAAGGUAAUUCUUGGGGAAUUGGUUAUCUUCCAAUCAUAGUAUUAGUGGUUGCUGUCCUCUACUAUGUCGGAGUUAACAUGGCUGAAUUUGAAAUAGAAGAUCUCCUUCAUUAUUUAAAUUGGCAAGUUGGCCAAUAG